CGCAAAGUCACACGAAUACACGUUUAGUGUGGUGCUGUAUGUUAAUGUAUCACUGUAUGUUUCUGUUUUACCCUCACUCUCGUUUCAAAAGAGUCCAGUGACAGAUUGUUUGGUCCUUCUCCUCACAAACUCUGGUUGCAAAAGAUGGCUUUACCCAGUGCUGACUGAUUUCUGAAACGCAGAUGACCACUUGGGGGGAUGGAGGCUUUACUGGGGAGAGCAAAAAGUGGAUUAUGGUCUCCAGCCUGAGGGAAGAGGGGGGCGACUGCACCUGAACAACAGGACGCGAAUGCCGCAUCAGUCUCGGGCUGUGCCAGCCGCGCUCUGGGAAUGGAUACCGGCAGUUUCCUGGCGGGGACAUGCUUUCUCCUGCUGUCGCUCAAUGGGUUCAUCUCCUGCUCGCCGGCGACAAGCUUUUGUCCCGACCGCUGCGAUUGUCAGCACCCGCAGCACCUAAUGUGCACCAACCGCGGGUUGCGCACUGUGCCCAAACCCGCCCUGCGGGUGCCCGAGGAGGUGCUGAUCUUCAGCCUUGGGGGUAACUUCAUCGGUAACAUCUCUGCCUUCGACUUCACACGGUACAGUGACCUUGUAAGGUUAAAUUUACAGUACAAUCAAAUACAAACUAUUCACUCCAAAGCAUUUGAGAAACUCUCCAAGCUAGAAGAGCUGUACUUGGGACAUAAUCUUUUAUCUAAUGUACCUGCUGGAACUCUACAGCCCUUGAGGAGAUUAACUAUUCUCUAUGGAAAUAAUAAUUACAUUAAAAAAAUUACACCAGAGCUCUUUGCCAACUUGGAUAAUCUCGUCAAAUUGCGCCUAGAUGGCAACUCAAUAGAAGUUCUGCAGGACUCUGUUUUCAAAAGUUUGACCAGUCUACAUUAUCUCCACCUAGAAUCCAACAAACUGCAGCAUAUUCACAGAAACGCCUUCUCUAAACUAGCCAACCUGCGCUUUCUAAACCUGGCCCACAACAAGCAGUCAGCCGUGCGCAAUGUCCUCACUUUUUCCCAACUCAAAGCUUUGACAACUUUGCUGCUGUCUGAAAAUGAGAUCCAACACAUUGGAAACCACGUCUUCCAAAACCUGAGAAAGCUGUCCAAACUGUCCCUGAGCAACAACAGGAUCUCCCGUCUGGACAGCAGGGCUCUGAAGGGGCUGUCGAGCCUCAGAGAACUGCUGAUUGACGGCAACGGACUGGAGGAAAUCCCCGCCGGUCUCCUCGAUCCUCUGGAGCAAAUAGAGGAGCUGGACUUCAGUCGCAACCGUAUUUCCAACGUGGACUCUUUGGCUUUUACGCAGCUUAAGCACCUGAGAGUGCUGAAGCUGAAGAACAACUUUCUCACCAGUCUGUCUGGUGACAUUUUUGCCCUCAACAACGUGCUUUACGACCUGGAUCUCCACGGCAACAACUGGACGUGCGACUGUCGCCUGGAGGAGCUGAAGAGAUGGAUGACUGCUGCACAUUCUCAGGGCAAAUUGUUGACUGUUUUUGUGCAAUGUCAUCACCCUGCAACUCUGAGGGGGAAAUAUCUGGACUAUGUGAACAGCUCCCAGCUGCAGCCCCUCGGGAACUGGACCCACUUGUGUCGGAGCCAAGCUGGGCCUGAGGAGAGUCGGGGAGGGGGUGUACUGGUAAAAGUGGAGGGAAAAGAAAUAACAGAUGCAAUAAAGGAGGAGGAGAGAGGUGGAGAAGGUCAGGUGGAAGAGUCAGAAGGUGUAGAUUUUAGACAGGGAAACAGGGGUGGGGUGAUGUUGAGCAAAGAAGCAGAAAAAUGGAGAAAAGAGGGACAGGAAGAGGUGGGAAUCCAGGGAGACCAGGGGGGUCCAGAGGUGGCAGAACCCUCCUCCUCACUGGACAGAAAGAAACCAAAAAAGGAGUCACUCAGUCCAAGGUCACGACCUGCAGCAGAGGCAGCUGGGAAAAGAGCCAAAGGGAGACGAAGGUCAAAUGUCAUUUUCAGAACGGAUCCACCAGCCAUUUCCACAUCAAGUCGCAGAAACCCUAUUGAUUUAAACACAGUGCCAACCACAACUUCGUCUGGGCAGUCAGGAGAAAAGUUUGAUCUUUUCAGGUCAGAUCAGGAGGAGGCUCUGCCUGUAAUCACAGAUCCAUGUGUGUUCAACCGCCAUUUCAUCACCAAUGUUUCAGUGGAUCAAGUGACAUCUAGUACUGUCACCGUCUACUGGACCACAAGGGAUCAUCACCGCUACACGCCAGGACUUGGGCCGGGUCUGGACGAAGUCCACUACCGGAUUCUGUUUGACCGGUUUGGCGCUCCAGAUCGCUUCCCCCGUUACGUUUAUGCCCGCGGCACAGCUCGCUCUGUGACCCUUCGAGAACUCAGCUCAGACUUGACCUACAUGGUCUGUGUGGAAGGAGUAGUCGGAGGAUCUGUUUGCCAAGUCGCCCCUCGGGACCACUGCGCAGGAUUGGUCACUCUCCCUGAGGUAUUCAGUGGUGGAGGCACGCUGACCUCUGACCUCCAGCUGGCGACAGUGGCGACACUGGCCGGAAACGCCGUGCUGCUGCUCGUCAUUGGUGGAGUCUGGCUGGGGCGGAGCUUGAAGAGGAGGCUGCAGAGGAGGAAGUCGGCCGUGCAUGUGCGCCACAUGUACUCCACCAGGCGCCCGUUUCGUCCCACCAUGGCGUCUACCUCUGUGUCCACUGACUUCACCAGCUACCAAACCAGUCGUCCAGCGCGACUUGCACCUCUAGAGGAGGGGGAUCUCAUUGAGUUCCCCUGUGACCGCUUUCUGGACAACAGCAGCGGUCGUAGAGACAGUGACAUGCAGAGAUUCUCCGACUAGAACUAUGAAAACCCUAAGAAAUGUUGACACUGUACAGCUUUUAGAAUCCAAAAACUACCAAGUCCUCUUAGUUGACACAGAGCAGUAUCACAUUGUGGCUCUGAACAAUCCCCCACCGCUUUUUAUUUGACCACAAGAAAACUGUUCUAGUGACAAUAGAACAGCUGAGCUCACCAAGGCCUUUUCAGACACCAGGGGAAGUCCAGUACCUCUGACUUCCUCUUCUUGCUUUGUGCCUUUCCUUCUUUCAUUUCCUCGCACCUGUGAGUGUUUCUAAAUGUGUCAUUUGCUGUGAGUGCAAGUGUGUAUUCAUGAAUGAUGGACCACUGAUUUCAACUAUGGUGCUAAUUUUAUGUUCAUAGACAUCAUAUCGUCUCAUAUUUGUACAGUAUGUAAUGAUGGCUGCUGGUUGGCAGGAAAAAAAAAAGCCCUUGUUUUGUAUCACAUCUAUUAUGUUUUAUACUUUUAUACAGAACUUUGUAUAAUUUUGCUUUACACAAAGAAGUAAA